CAGCGAGAGCCGAGACGCUAUAUUACCGCAGGGAGGCAUAUUGCACACCCCAGCGGGGAGUGACGGGCUCGCAGAGACCAUGGGACACGGAGUCGGCUGAGGAUCCAGCGAGCACUGCAACCACACCGACUACUCUCACCUCGGUGUGUGACAUGGCCACAGCCUGGUCCAGGACAGACUGCAGCAAUAACCAUGGUGGGAGGUCACUGCUGCAUGCCACAGUGUCCUGUGCCAAACUCAAGCGGAAGCAGAACUGGUUCGGGACGGUGUACGUGGAGCUGGCCGCCGAUGGGGAGGCCUGGAGGACUGCCAAAUCCCACAGUUCCUCCAACCCCAAAUGGGAGGAAAGACUGGCUCUGAAUGUUUCGCCCCAGGCCCGGCUGGACUUUAAGGUGUGGAGUCACCACGCCCUGAAGGCCGACACCCUCCUGGGAAAGGCUUCGCUGGACCUGCAGGCGGCGCAAGAGCGGCACGAUGGCAAACUGGAGAACGUGAAGGAGGUACUGAAGCUGACGAUGGACAGUAAGAACGGGGUGGUCCCCACGGGCGAGCUCACUGUCAUCCUGGACGGGCUGAGGGUGGAGCGGGACGCCCUGCACAACGGGACCUCCCCAAACACCAACGGCACCACCGCUGCUGCCGCCAAACUGCAGCAGAACGGAGAGGCCGUUCAUGACCACAGCACUGAAAACUCAAGGGCUCAAAACAGGUCAAAUGGUGACUCUGGUUGUGGUUCCGGUUCCGGUUCUGGUUCUGGUUCUGUCUCUGCGUCCGGCUCCAAUGGGGUGGACGCUCCGGCCCCAUCCACCAGUGAUCCCGGCGGCACCCCUGUCGUUAACGGCAACGGCAACAGCAACAGCGGCACUGGCUCCUCCCCCACCCAUGAGAUGGACACGCCCCCCGACACGCCCACCCACAAGCCUGCAGACACCCAGAUUGCAGACACCAGUGGAGAAGCUCCUGCUCCUGAUUCUGCUACAGCUCCUGAUUCUGCUACAGCUCCUGAUUCUGCUCCAGUGCCUGCCUCCUCUGCUGAGGAGGUGCUGCCCUCUGCUGGCGGCUCUGAGGAGGGCAGUGACAGUGCCUCAUCGACCCCGGCAGCCAAAGCCGCCCCUGUCCAAGACUCUGUCUCCGCCCCCUCUCCUCCCGGUGCCACAGAUGCCCCGCCCACCGACCCGCCGAUCACUUCUGCCCCCUCUUCGUCCUCCGCCUCUUCCUCUUCCUCCGCACCCGCACCUGCAGGGACCUCAAACGCAGAGGGGCAAGGCACCGUGCCAGAGACCGCCAAACCCCGGACACAGACUGGCAACACCAGCGCUGACCCCCUACCAUCUGGGUGGGAGCAGAGGAAAGACUUGCACGGCAGGACCUACUACGUGGAUCACAACACCAAAACCACCACCUGGGAAAGACCGCAGCCACUACCGUCUGGUUGGGAGCGCCGGGUGGACGACCGGGCGCGGAUCUAUUACGUGGAUCACAACACCAGGACCACCACCUGGCAGCGGCCCACCAUGGAGUCGGUCCGAAACUUCGAGCAGUGGCAGUCCCAGCGGAGCCAGCUGCAGGGAGCUAUGCACCAGUUCAACCAGAGAUACCUCUACUCGGCUUCCAUGAUGUCGGCGGAAAAUGACCCCCUGGGCCCUCUGCCUCCUGGCUGGGAGAGGCGCGUGGACUCCAACGACCGGGUCUACUUCGUCAACCACAACACCAAGACAACGCAGUGGGAAGAUCCUCGCACACAAGGCAGGCUGCAGAAUGAGGACCCGCUCCCUGCGGGCUGGGAGAUCAGAUACACCAGGGAAGGGGUGCGCUACUUCGUAGACCACAACACCCGGACGACCACCUUCAGCGACCCGCGCACCGGCAAAUCCUCUGUUACCAAAGGCCCACAGAUAGCGUAUGAGCGCAGCUUCAGGUGGAAACUAGCACAUUUCCGCUACCUGUGCCAGUCGAACGCACUGCCCAGCCAUGUAAAGAUAACCGUCUCUCGGCAAACGCUAUUUGAGGACUCUUUUCAACAGAUCAUGGCCCUGAAGCCGUAUGAUCUGAGGAGGAGACUGUAUGUGAUCUUCAGGGGCGAGGAGGGGCUGGACUACGGUGGCCUGGCGAGGGAGUGGUUCUUCCUGCUGUCGCACGAGGUGCUGAACCCCAUGUACUGUCUGUUUGAGUACGCCGGCAAGAGCAACUACUGCCUGCAGAUAAACCCCGCCUCCACCAUCAACCCCGACCACCUGUCCUACUUCUGCUUCAUCGGACGCUUCAUCGCCAUGGCCCUCUUUCACGGAAAGUUCAUUGACACGGGCUUCUCCCUCCCGUUCUACAAGCGCAUGCUAAGCAAGAAGCUCACUAUCAAAGACCUGGAGUCCAUCGACCCCGAGUUCUACAACUCCCUCAUCUGGAUCAGGGACAACAACAUCGAGGAGUGCGGCCUGGAGAUGUACUUCUCCGUCGACAUGGAGAUCCUGGGAAAGAUCACGUCACAUGACCUGAAACCCGACGGCACCAACCUGCUGGUGACGGAGGAGAACAAGGAGGAGUAUAUCGGGCUGAUGGCGGAGUGGCGGUUUUCGCGGGGGGUGGAGGAGCAGACCAAAGCUUUCCUGGACGGCUUUAAUGAGGUGGUCCCUCUGCAGUGGCUGCAGUACUUUGAUGAGAAAGAGCUGGAGGUGAUGCUUUGUGGGAUGCAGGAGGUGGACCUGCAGGACUGGCAGAGGAACACGGUUUACCGGCACUACACCAGAAACAGCAAACAGAUUGUCUGGUUCUGGCAGCUGGUGAAGGAGGUGGAUAAUGAGGUGCGGCUGAGGCUGAUGCAGUUUGUGACGGGGACGUGCCGACUACCUUUGGGAGGAUUUGCUGAGCUCAUGGGGAGCAAUGGACCUCAGAAGUUCUGUAUAGAGAAGGUGGGAAAGGACACCUGGCUUCCCCGGAGCCACACCUGCUUUAACAGACUUGACCUGCCUCCGUACAAGAGCUUUGAACAGCUGAAGGAAAAACUGCUGUUUGCUAUUGAGGAAACGGAAGGAUUUGGCCAAGAGUAGGGGAGGGGGGGUCCUUCUGAAGGGUCCUGUCUCCUGGAGGUCGUUUGAAUGGAUUUUUAAGAGGAUUGCUUCUUCUGCAGCGUGCCCAACCAAGUUUUUAAAAAAAAGAAAAUUGCACAGUGAACUACUAAUGUACAUAAGCUAUUUUGUCAUUUAAAACUAAAACUUUCCUUCGGAAACCUCGUUUUGCAAACCCCUUACCUACUGCCUCACCCCUGUCCACCCUCUCCAUUUCUCCCUCAUAAAUAUGCAAAACAUUUCAGCUCAUUAUUUUCUCUUGAUAAAAUGCAGGAAUCUAUAUUUUUUUCUGUUUGGCCGAUUUUUAAAGAAAAAAAAUGAACAAAGAGAGGAUUUUGUAGUUGAAUCCCGCCCGAUGGCUCUAGUUUUAUAGGGCCUUAAGGGUGAAUCUCGAGGCCUCUGUCGCCGAGGCUUCCUCGGACUUCCUGUGUACUGUGGCCAUGGCAACGCUUUGCUUGCAUGGCUUCCUCUUGAAGCAAAAAGAAAACCCACCUCCUCCUCCCUGCCGGCCCCCACCCACAGAGCAUCAGGCGUCACUCAUUGGACAAGCCUGUCUCCGCCCAUAGAGAAGCAGAUUUCACUCAUUGGACAAGCCUGUCUCCGCCCAUAGAGCAGCAGGCCUCACUCAUUGGACAAGCCUGUCUCCGCCCACAGAGCAGCAGGCGUCACUCAUUGGACAAGCACUUCUCCACUCCGUUACUUGGCAGGCCCUCUGCUCUUUUCCACACCAGAUACUUGACCUUGAUUGGAGAGUUUGCUCUUCAGAAAUGUCCAGUCAGAAUCUAGAUGCUCCAUGAGCCCUCACAGUGGGUGGAGCUUCCCUAAGCUGUCAGUCACUGACAUGUUAACCAAUGAAAUGGCUUAGCCAUUCCAGACCAAAAUUCUGUGGUUGGGUAAGCUCAGCACGUUGCUCACCCGACAUGGCGGUUCCACCCGUGGCGGUUCACGAGGCAGUUUAACUUUAAGCGCAGGACAGUCAUGUUAUUGAGACGGUGCAAUAUUCUACACCUUUGGGAUAUCCCGGCCUCGUGAACCCAAUCUGCAAUCACAGACGCUCCAGCUUAAACCAGCCGUAGCGUUUACACUGUGCAGAGGGACAGCCUUUCUGAUUGGACUGUGAUGGUGAGUUACUGCAUCCAAUGGCUCCGCCCACCGCGGUGUUCAUGUCCAUAGGCCUUCUAUGGGUAUGGCAAAACGGGUUUGGAAGGGUUGCAGGCAGCAGCGGGACGUGGGGUUUAUCUCAAUACAGGUUUUGGGGUGGGGGGGGGAUGAGACGGCAUUAGGAGGUGCGACUUUUCUCAAAAGCCACAGGUCAGAUAGCUGGCAACUCUUAAGCUUUAUUAAAGCCCUUUAUCUCAGUUUUUUUUUUCUUAUGUUAUUUACUCUUUAAUUUAUUACAGUAUUGUUGAUUCUCCCCCCCCCCUUCUGUUUGUUUUGGGGCAAAAAAACAGAAAAAAACAACAUUCACUCCCACAAAGUGACCUGAGGGGAAUCCAGCAUGUUCGUCUGCAGAGGAGAAAACCCUGGGUCUGAAACAUGGCGAACGCUUUGACGUUUUAAUCAGCUGGUCUAAGGGCUGUUAGCUUUCGCUCGUGUCCUUCACGAGUUCAACCAAAUGUUUUUUUUUUUUUUGCUAUUUACACGUAUAUCAGUCUUUGUGGGUGUAAUAAUAAAUGGACUGAACACCCGUUUAUAGCAGGAGUCUCACAAAUGUGAGCCUUGGAGGGCCAAUCUCAGCCGUGUUUCGGGUACGAGUCGAGCCUUUGGGCGCUGAUGAAAGGAAACCAGCAGGAAUCCCUCAGACAGCACGGCCCUCCAGGAUUUCAGUUCGCGUUUGAGAUACUGGUGUUAAAGGGAUGUUUCACUUGGACGUAACACGGGUGAUUUUGUGGAGCUUGCCCCCAUUGUAUUUGCGUAGUGUGAAUACUAGCAACAUCUGCUGUCCCUGUUGACCGUUAGGACAGACCCACUGCUCUCGAUUGUCCAGUUCUCAUUCGCUCCCAUUCGUUUUCACGAUUUCACCUAAAUUAAAUCGUUUAAAAAAUUAUCCCAAGCUUUUAUUCCCUUUCUCAUAGAUAAAAAAAUGUAAACCUGAAGACAAAAAGCAGAAAAACCGCAUGUUUGCAAUUACUCCAGAAGCAGGAGGUCCAUUUUACUUUAAAUUUUAUGCAAACAUUCUAUGUGAUAGGAGAUUGUGCUUCCUUCUUAGCAAAACUAUUCACAACAAAGCAUCAGGACCCCUUCCACAUCGCAGGGUCCAUACCCAGUCGGAAUAUUUAAGGUUUGGGGUGUUUUUUUUGUUUUGUUUAAAAUCAUCUUUGCCCAUUUUUAUGGAUUGGUUUGGUUCUGAAAUGAAGGACUCCUUGGGUUACAUUUUGAGUGACAGGUGUGGGGGCGGGGCCUCUGUGGCGUUGCCUUGCUCAGGAUCCACCUUCCAUUUUAUUUUAUUUUUUAAAAAAGUCUUAUUUUCUUUCUUUGUUGAAACUUGCCUGUGGAAAGAACCAUAUUUAAUAAAUAUAUCCGAUCAUU